GCUGUUCAAGCCGUAGCUAGGGCUCCUCUUCCUCCGCGCUUCGGUGGUUGGUUGACGAAGAAGACGGCGUUUGGGAUUGGCUGGCUGCUCGGGCGGCAGGUUUAAGUUCCCAGACGGCUGUCCGCUUUUCAGCCUGGCGAGGGAAGGAGUGGGCGAGCGGCGCGGCUGCGUCAAUGGGCGGCAGGUGGGUUUGGGGGAACGGGAGCGGGGCGGUGGGAUGAGCUCUGCUCGGAGUGGCGGUCCUCGAGGGGAGGAGAGAUUCCCUUCGUGGGCAGCAGGUUCUGGCUGCCCUUGUACUGUAUGUUUGCAGUUUGCAGUCAAGGGAGUCUGGAGGAGAGCAGAGCCGGAUUUAGGUGUGAUGAGGCCCUUUAUAUGUCCAGCUGUCCUUUGUCAACAGCAAAUUGUCGCUGUUUUUUGUGUUGAAUAUAUGCUAUUGUAAAAUAUGGACCUAAUAGGUAUCUAAAGCCAUUUGCACAUAACAAAAUAUGUAUUUUAUCAACGUAAUUGUUGAACUGAAAUACAAUUAAGAAGUAUAUUAAUAGUGAAAUAAUUAUUAAGCUCUAACUUAAAAUGAUUUUUUAUUCAUAACAAACUUAAUAAUGCAAACACAUUGGCAUUUGGCAAUAACAAAAGUUCCUUUAGAAACACAAUUUACAAAGACUCAUAAUCUAGUCUCUAGAAACUUGCUAUAACAUGAAAUAAUAAUAGCAAACCAGUGAUAUUUUAGGGAGCAGGCUAGCAGACAGGGCCCAUUACUUACAUCAUAGGAGCCUACACAACACAAAACACUGUUGCUGUAUGUAGGUUUUCUUUUAUUUGUUUAUCUUAUAUUUUUGAAAUGUACCGUAUUUUUCGCUCUAUAGGACGCACUGGACCAUAGGACGCCCCGGACCAUAGGAGGGGGAGAACAGGAAAAAAAAUUCUCUCCCUCUCUGCUCAGCACCCCUUCAGAGAAGCGGCAGGAGAAACGGAACCCCUUCCAUUUCUCCUCCUGCUUGGCUGAAGGGGCGCUGCGCAGCUCUCCCUCUCUGCUGAAGCCAGGAGAGUCUUGCUCUCCCGGCUUCAGCAAAAAGAACCCGAAGCCUUCGGAGCGCAGCGCGAGUUCCCACUGCGCUCCAAAGGCUUCAGGCGGCUAUCCCUGAAGCCUGGAGAGCGAGAGGGGUCAGUGCGCACCGACCCCUCUUGCUCUCCAGGCUUCAGCGAAAGCAACGCGAAGCCUCUGGAGCGCGGAGGGAGCGCCCCCUCUGCGCUUCGGAGGCUUUGCAUUGCUAUUGCUGAAGCCAAGGAGCCUGCAUUCGCUCCAUAGGACGCACACACAUUUCCCCUUAAUUUUUGGAAGGGAAAAAGUGCGUCCUAUAGAGCGAAAAAUACGGUACAUCCAGUUUUCCCCCUUUAAAUCUUUUGGGGGCCCCCAAGAGAGUGGGGCCCUAAGCUAUAGCUUGUAAAUCCGGCACUGGAGGAAAGAGUCUUCAGACGACCUGAGGAAACGCAGCUUUGUGAGGGAUUAAACUUCCAUGGACAGAUGGGUGCAGGAAACUAGCAGAUAUUCCUACAUGCGUGGGGCCGGGGAAGAGUGAGGUUGCUGGGUGACAAAUUGCAACAGGAACACACAGCUGCGUUGCUGAUAAUUUACCAACAGCAGGAUGCUUUCCUCCGCAAACCCAUAAGCUUGAUUCAAGCCAUGGAUGACAGAAUUGGCUUUAAUCAUAAAUUGCCGGAAUUUGACUUUUGCUUAGCUUUGGAAAUGGAAGAUGUGUACUGUAUAUUGAUGUUUAUAAUCUUUUAAUUUUAUAACCCCUCAAUUUGCAUGAGGGUUCUGUUCCAGGGUUCUGUUCCUCCCAAAGCCAAAACUCUGUAUUGUCAAAACACAUUGAGUGCAAUGGCAAGUGGGAUUGCCAAAGGCUUUUCCUGGAUGCCCACCUCCAUUCUACUCCCUCCUUUUUAAUUUUUUUUUUAUUGCCAAAUGCAUAAAGCUGAAUGCACACAAGUUAAAUGUGCAUAAAUUGCAGGCUUACUAUGUAUUUUAUUUUAAUCUUAUCGCUACCACUUUUGAGUGGUUCUUUUGAACCUCACUGCUGUCAAGUUUAUUUUAUGUAUGUUGUUUUAAUAUUUUCAGUGAUAACUGUACUGUUUAUAUUGCAGUUUUUGUGUUUAUGCUGUAAGUCUGGAUAUAAUAAAAAGCAGGAUGUAAAUAGUAAUUGUUGUUCUCCGCAGGCAGCUGCUCAGUGGAUUCUGUGUCAAACCAUGUCUGAGAACUUUGCCCCCAUAGAGGCUGAUGCUUCUCAUUUGUGUCUUGGGUUCCGAUCCAGAUGCAGGAUGAUUAUGUUCCAGGAUGCUGAGUUCUCACUACCCUUUACUCCAGAGGCACCUCUUACCCCAAUCUCUAACCUAACUCAUGGUUUCAGGACCUUUAGCACAUUAACCGGGUAAGUUUCUCUUUUCAGAAUAGUGAAAUGAGGUAGAAAACAUUGCAUUUUCCCAAUUUCCUUAAUUUAGCAGCAUAAUGAGUGGAUACAAUAUGGUUCAAGUUAGGUAGUUUCAAAUGUGUAAUUCAUUUUUCAGAUGACUAUCUCUGCGAAGUAUGCAUGCACAUAUAACUUACAUGCUAUCGCUAUCCAAACACAAUGCAGUCACAGGAAAUCAUUCUUUAGGUGAGUGUUUGCACAAUGAGUCAACAAUUUCCAUUAAUUCCUAUGGGAAAAUGUGUUCCCAACCACAGAAUUUUGACCCCUAAAUGACAAAAAACUCUGAAACCUUGCAAAAGACAAACAAGGAAGGAAAAAUGCUUUGUUUGUCCAAUCUCUUCUCCCACUAUUGUCUCUGGCAAAAUGGCCAGUGGGGACCAGCAAAACACAAGGCUUGUUUAAGGCUUUAUCUGUUUACACUGCUACACACUGGUCUGACUGUUUGGAAAUCUGAAUCUGCAGUAUGUAUAGUAAGGUUUGAGUAUUAACAUGAACAUAAGUGAAUUUUUGUAUAGCAGAACCUGCAUUUAUUAUUGUAAGACUGGGGUUUGAAAAGGAGAGGGAUAAAUCAGUUGAACUGCUGGAAUUUUAAUGGCCUUGGCAAGUAUGUCAUUUGUUAGGGAAAUAACAGGUAAAUAGGCUACAGCCCAAACAACUAUGAUUAUUUGAAAGCUGUGGUAAAGGCAUAAAAACAAAUGUCAAUUUUCAUCUCUAGUACUUUGGGUGACUGUCUUUUUCAUGGAUACUGGUGAAAUAAUUACAGUGGUACCUCAGGUUAAAUACUUAAUUCGUUCCGGAGGUCCGUUCUUAACCUGAAACUGUUCUUAACCUGAAGCACCACUUUAGCUAAUGGGGCCUCCCGCUGCUGCUGCGCCGCCAGAGCAUGAUUUCUGUUCUCAUCCUGAAGCAAAGUUCUUAACCCGAGGUACUAUUUCUGGGUUAGCAGAGUCUGUAACCUGAAGCGUAUGUAACCCGAGGUACCACUGUAUUGAGAACUGACAGCAUAACCAUAUUGCAUUUGACCUAGUUUGUAUUUAGUGCUGAGCAGCAUACAUUGUGAUUUUCCCGCCCUUCCAUAAUUAAAUCUGGCUUGCGCUAAUUAGUCACAAAUUUUCUUUCAUUAUUUAUAAAAUAUUAUUUGCAUUGAAUCAUGCUGUUUUGCUCUGUACAUGAAAAGUACAAAUGGUGGCAAUGACACCGGCAAUGUGGAGAAAAUUCAUCCAACGCACUUGUUCUGUUGGUGCAACAGAACACGCCCCCUUCUUCUUUGUGUGUGUCCCACACCAUCCCCAAAUUUGCUUUGGAGAUUUGGGUGGGGGACCUGGACCAGAUUUUGGGGGCAUAUGAGGAAAGGAAGAGGAAAAAUCCAUUGAGUCCUUGUGGUGACAGAAUGAGUGCAUUGAAUACCACCCAAAAUAUUCAUAGCAAAGCAAUAGUAUAUAGAAUCACAGGUGAUAGCCACUUUAAAAAAGUAGUGGCUGCAAUUAAUCAAAACACAGCAGCUAAUUCUAAAGCAGAUCAUAAUAAAAAUUAGAUCAAAAAGCAGAUCAUAAUAAAAACAACUUAAGUGCUCUCUAAAUGGUGUCCCUAUGGCAGUGAUGUAGUGCUGGAGCCAGACUGUGGCUGCAAACUUAACCCAGUUACCUGGAAUUAAGCCUCAAUGAGUUCAAUAGGACUUACUUUUGAGUAGACAUGGUUAAGCUCCUGUUGGAAGUUGGCAAAUGGGGCUUAAGGUAGUCGGUGAGUCUUAAAUGCAUCUCGCUUAAUCUAAAUGCUAAUCUGACUUAAGUCCUUAGUAAUUAUUUCUCUGAUGCAGUGUAGUAGAAACUGAUGAAAUGGCAGCUGAAUGCAGUUUGUCUACUAAUUGUGAUUACUGUCUUAGGAGAGAAGCACACAGACCAGAAAACACUCACAAACUUUAUAUUUCAAUCAGAAAUUCAGUCUUUUAUGUCCUGUAUUAAUUUGUAUAAGAUGUGUGUGUUUCUCCCAAGCAUUCCUGUUACUUUGUUUAUGCAGGGAUACACCAAGACGCUGCCUAGAUCUGUCCAAUCUCAGCAAUGGUGAAGAGGAAACUGCCUUCAACUUCAGCCAGUCCCCAGGUACAUUGGAAACUGGUAAUAGUUGUUGCCAGCAGCACAAUUCUCUGCAUGCUGCUGCUUGUCUUUAUUCCUGUAGCUCUGUUCAAAUGGCUAAUGUGUUAGGGCAUUUAUAUGGGCUGCCCAAUGACAACUUUCUCUGAAUGGCUCACUAAAAUAAAAUAACCAUAAGAAAUGCAGCAUAAAAUUGUCAGUAAACCAAGCCCCCUCAGAUAAUUUGAUUACAUAUUAACAUGCCAGGCAACUUGUGGGAACAAGUGCCCUGGACUCUCCCACUGCCAUUCUAUUAGAACCCUGGGAAAGCUCUCUUCCCAAGCCGCACCCCUCAUUGUGUGCUUCCAGUAGGCUUUUGUGAUUUGUUUUCUGGUUAGUCUAGGGCAGGGGUCCCAAACUGGUCUGUUGUCCACCAGUGGUUCACAAGCUUCAUUUGGGCGGUCUGUGGCAUGAUUGCAAUAAAUAUUAAUAUUGGUUUUUAGUUGUAUUUUCAUUGCUUCUUUUAUUUCUUAUGUUGUAUUUUAUUGUAUUCCAAUUUUAAUUAUAUGGAAUGCAAAUUGUAAUACAGUGGUGCCCCGCAAGACGAAUGCCUCGCAAGACGGAAAAACCGCUAGACGAAAGGGUUUUCCGUUUUGAAGUUGCUUCGCAGGACGAAUUCCCCUAUGGGCUUGCUUCGCAAGACGAAAAUACCUUGCGAGUCUAGAGAUUUUUUUCGCUUUCCCCCUUUAUCUAAUCUGCUAAGCCUUUAAUAGCCUUUAAUAGCCUUUUAGCAGCUAAUCCCCUAAGCCUUUAAGCCUUUAAUAGCCGCUAAACAGCUGAUAGCGCUAAUAGCGCUAAUCCGUCAAUGGGCUUGCUUCGCAAGACGAAAAAACCGCUAGACGAAGACUCUUGCGGAACGGAUUAAUUUCGUCUUGCGAGGCACCACUGUACAAUAAAAUACAAUGCACUAAAUAAAAUAAGCAAUUAAAAAUGCAGUUAAAAGUCAGCAUCUAGCACAGCUGUUACAAUUGCUACAAAAGGAAGAAAAAUAAAUUAAGUGGUCUGGCAAGACCUUUGACAAUUUUCAAGUGGUCCACGGGGGGAAAGUUUGGGAACCAGUGGUUAAGCCAUUUUUACAGAAGAACAGCUUCUGGCUUUUAUCUUGUCACUUACAUUUCAAGCCUCAAUCUUUUCUGGUCUUUUGCUGAUUUUUCUUUAUUCUUUUACAGGUCAGAAGGGUUCAAUGGGAGUCCAGAAUAAGCUGUAAGUUAUGCCAUCACAUUCUUAUAGCAUAUUAGUAUUAGCUCCCCCCCCCCACACACAUUUGUGUUUAAAAUGUUGAUCUGCUUUCAAAGCUGAGAAUAAUGGGGGAUAAAGCCGAGAAUGACAGGAGGAGAGAGGGAAGAUUCUUUCCCAAUUAGGUGGUUUACUUUUUUGAGCCCUGAGUGCUAGAAAUCUGUGAACCUGAGCAAAGCACAGACAUAUUUGGGUAAAGGACUCCUGACAGUUAAGUCCAGUCACGAACGUCUCUGGGGUUGUGGCACUCAUCUCGCUUUACUGGCUGAGGGAGCCGACGUUUGUCUGCAGACAGUUUUUCCAGGGCAUGUGGCCAGCAUGACUAAGCCGCUUACGACGAAACCAGAGCAGCUCACGGAAACGCCGUUACCUUCCUGUUUAUCUACUUGCACUUUGAUGUGCUUUUGAACUGCUAGGUUGGCAGGAGCAGGGACCAAGCAACGGGAGCUCACCCCGUCACGGGAAUUCGAACCACCAACCUUCCAAUCGGCAAGCCCUAGGCUCAGUGGUUUAGACCACCGUGCCACCCACGUCCCUAGUAUGUUUUAUAGCUUACCACUAUUGUCCUUUUCUAGGGUUUGCCAAAGUAUAUUUAGAAAACUGUAGAGAUGCUUGCGGAGGCUUUUGUGCUUUUGUUCUUUUUUUCUUUCUUUGCUUUUCUACCAAACAGUCUGGCAGGCCCUAGAUUCCUUUCUUCUCACUUUCCUUAAGACAACUUAUUUGUUCAUUGCUAAAGAAGAUGCAUUGGAAAUGCCUUGUAAACUGGGGAACAGCUUGCUACUAAUUUGCAUGGUUUAGUUGCAUAUGACGUAACUUUCAUGCCUGGUGGACACAGGUAGAGCAGAUGCGCCUGUUUCACCAUCUGGGUCUACCAGGCAAAUUGAGUUGCCAAAGCUCUUGAUAUUUGCAGUCCCAAACAUUCAUAUCAAUAGUUUGACCCAAACUGUAGUGAAAUACAAGCCAGACCUUUUCAGCCUUAGAUGGAUUUAUUUACAAUAUAGAUGAAGUACUGUAGCUGGAUUCAUUUACAUGAUUAGAAUGUGGGUUUUUAUCAGUAGAGGGAAAGGGUGCAUUACCCUCUGAAUGUCUGUCUCUCUGUGUUGGAAAAUUCUAACCCAAAUGCAGGUGGAGAGUGGUUGGUCCAUCGCUUAAUUUUCAUGCACCCACAUCAGUAAGUCCCUGUCCCUGAGCUGAGGGUGCUGAAUCUAUAAGAUGCUGGUCCAGCUGAUGAUCUUUUGCCCAUCAGGAUUCAUAAUCAAAAUGGCUGUACAAAGGACUUACACUGCUUUUUCUUUUGUACACCAGCGUUCUUAAGAUUUGGUCUUUGCUAGGUUAGUUUAUUGUGAGAAUAAAGAGAACGUUGGGGUUUAGUUUUGUGUGUCAUCUGAAAGUUGACCCCAGAUGUUGGAAAUAUGAAAAGUGAGUGGGUAGCAUGAAUUUAACACCAAGUUUAUAAAAUAUGGAACUGUCCUGUGAAUAAACCAGGAGGUGAACUCUAAAGUGAUUUCCAGGAAGGCCAGGAGACCUUGCCUCAAUUCUUCAGACUGAAAAAUUGGCUGAAAUCUCCUGCUGCUGGACAAGUGUUACCAUCCUAGUGGACUUCUAGGAAGUGUAUGCAAGGCAGAUUGGGACUGACAGAUUGACCACUCUUUUUCAAUGAGAAGGCUUUCUGACUAGUUGUUUCUUUCUCCCAGCAGACUUUCAGGGAGGCAGUGUUCACAAUUGCUCCAGGUGAGUGUUUCCUGCCUGGUGAGGUGGAAUUCAUUCACCUCUUUGUAAUAUUCUGCUGCCAGAGAACUGUGAGUCAGAGGUCUUGGGGCCCCAGUUCUAAGAUUCACAACCAACAUUAAUUUACUGAAAAUGUGUUUCUCUGCAUGGUCUUCCAGUCCCGGGUACUGUGUAGCACACCGGACACUCCGAGCUGCUUCCGACACAUUAGCAGGGUGAUCAGCAGUCCUUCCAUGAACAAAGAGAAUGUGAGUAUUUAUUUAUUUUUGCAGCAAGCUGGGGUUUCCUGCCAUAUUAGUAAGCUGCAGGCCAGGUUUUCAGGCAGGCAGAAGUCUUUGCUUACCAAAGCUAGGCCCUUCUUUUCACUUCAUGGUGAUAAUACUUAGCUUAACUUCCCUGAAACUUCCCCAGGUUCUUGAUUCCAGAGAGUUCUCAACUCUAAAAGCCACCUCCUUUCUUUAUCUCCUUCCAGGAGGGUAGCCCUUUUAAGCGCCCAGGGUGGAGCAUGCCCAAAUCCCUGCUGUUCUGGAAAAAACCACGAGAUGCACAGCAGACCUAUGCUACUAUGCUGGUAAGUUAAUGCUGCUUACUUGCUGUUCAAAUAGAACUAGGUUUGGACCUUUUCAGCUAUGUGUGGGUAUAGAUAUUAAGUAGUAGUCAGACCUACCACUUAUCAGUAUGCCAACACUAUAAUUUGAUUUACUGAUACAUGGGAAUCCAUGCAUUGCGGGUUUACAUAUUUUUUCUCCUCUACAAAAAUCAUUGUUCAUUGGGAGUGUUAGUCUAACAGAGUACUCCACUUAAAUGUCCAGUUCAGGCCAGUCUUUCAAGCUUCAUGGUGCAGGGAACUUCUCCAUUGGACAUGAAUGGGGAUAAAGCAUUUGGUUAGGGAACUCAGAAUUAAUCUCCCAGCAGCAAGGCAUGUAAUGGUGAUGGAUGCUGGCCUCCAUAUGCUGGUCAUUUUUAGGUGCCAGCUAUCAUUGUGGGGUGCAUCGUUUGUCCCUUCUUACAAGGGAGGUGUGGCUCACCAAGGGAAUCAGUUUAUGUGCAAUUAUAUAUAUGGUUACAUUUUGAAUUGCCAAAACUAACAAAUAGCACGUGCAUUUACAGGAAUAUUCAAGUAUCGGGACAAAAAGGCAUACCAACAGAACAAGUGCUUUCAUCUCAACAGUUAAGGACAAUCAAAUAUUUCCUAGUACAGAAAACUAAUAUAAAACCCAAAUUACCCAACCACAGAUAUAUAAAAGUUCUAGGGGAAAGAUAUAUACACACACAUAUAUCAUGCCGGAGAAGCAGUAGGUGCCAGCUGUGAGCUUCUUCUCUUGACAGGAAGCAGGUGAUCUAGAGGAGUAUGAGAUGAAAGAUCUUGGCAGCCCAAUUUCUGCAGUGACACCACCAGGAAUGCCAGAGUCCUUGGGUGACUUUCCAGAACUCUGCCCUGAACAGGAAGAGACUGAGGUGAGACAAAUGUGAUAUGUUCACUCCAUUAUUGGCAUUUGUGAAAAGCAAGAAAUCUUAGAAGAUGGAAAAGUAGAUCUUACCAGUUAUGAUUCUCAGGGCUGCCAGAACACAGUGGUCUUGGAUCUGUUCCUACUACAAAGCUGCCAAUGUGGUUGGAGAGAGAGCUUAGAGCCUUUUGAGAAGUGUGGUUUGGUAAUGGCUAAAUCAUGGACUUGUGUAUUAUUGCACUGAAACAUCAUGAAGCAGUAGAAGACUUGUAGGUAUUUUGCUCAAAAGUAUAUGUUUAAGUGUCCCAACACCUGUAAUAGUAAAGCGUUCACAAUGGGCACUGAAUUUUUUCACACUGUUGCCAUAGCUGUGCUGAGCAGCUUCUGUAUUUCACCCACUACCCUAAAGAUGAUCUAGUCUUGAUUUCAGCAUCGUGACUUCUGAAAACCUAGAUGCAAUUCAGUUUAUUUUCCAUCCAUUGUCAUUUCCGCAAGAGUCAUCCAACCGUCUGCAGUAAAUGGUUAAGAGUAGGAAAAUGAUGAAAUGCGAAAGUUCCUUGUGAGAUCUCAACAGGGAUAUUUGAUCCAAGUGCAGUAGUUUUUAUAUGGGGGAAGGCUCAAAACAUCACACAGUGGUUUCAUACAUUAUGCUUAAUGGGAGUUAUAGGCAAGGUUGUCAAAAAUAGGUUCUGAUUAUUUGUCCCAUUUUUGUUCUAUCAUACCAGAAUUACACUCCUUGUCCACCCCUAAAACUCAAGGUUCCCUUAUUCCAUCUACUAUUAUUGGUCAUCUGUCCCCAAAGCUGAACCACCAUAUGCAUUUAUUCCUCCCUGUGGCAAGCUUGUAUGUAAAGCUUUCGGGCAUCUGUAGUACUAAUAAGCUGUUUUUUUCUGUACAAAAAUACUAUGUCAGUUGAAUUACGCGGAGGGUCAUGUUCUUUCUUCUUAUGGGCAGAGGAAACAGUUUUAAGUUCUCCUGUCUUCAUGCUGUGAAAUACUGCUUGGGUUCUGCAUUCUUCUUUUAUGUUUCUCUUAGAAGCCACUUUCUGGGCAUCUCUCCAGCAUGGCGAUUUUGCUCUCGGGACCACUUCUUACUCAGGACAUCAAUGUCAGUGAGGCAAGUAGCAUAUAGCAAACCUAGCCUUCCUUGGUUGCCUAUGGCAAGUAAGAUUCAGACUAGAGAGAACCCUGAAAAUGUAAUUAGAAACUGCAUCAGGGUUUAUUAAACAAUUUCUUAAUGUUUAAUCUUAGGCUGAAUAGGUAAUCCAGGAUGCAGCCCAUAGGGAGCAGAGGUUUAGCCCUCCUCUCCAAGCUGUGAUGUUCCUUCAGAUGAAGUUAGAGAUGGGGAACCUCUAGCUUGCAUGCUUAAUCAGGCCUGCCAGGCCAAAUUAGCCAAGUCACACCUAUCUGCCAACCACCUGAUGUCAUAAUUGUCAUGCGUGUGAAGGAAAGACUUAAACACGUUGCAGAGUCCCCCAAAAUAGACCAGAGGCAAUUGUACUUCAUCCAGCAGAGCUUUACUGCUACUGAAGGAAAAUGAGCAUAAUGGUCACAAAUCCAGUACAUUCAGGAUUGACACAGUUCAUCAGAAAUCCAGUUGCAGCAGACUUAACUUAAACUUAAUAAUAACUUAUACCAAACUUUUCCAUGUACAAGACUAGGUUUUUUUAAAAGGGGGUAGUCUUAUACACAGGGGCAAUCUUUCCCAUUUUCUUAAUUUUGAGUCCCCCAAAAUAGGUGUGACUUGGCUAAUUUGUCUUAUACACAGGGGUGUGUUAUACGUGGAAAAAUACGGUAAUAAGACUAAACUAAACACUAUAUACAGAACACCACACCAAAACAAAGAGGUAGAAAGUAAGUGAAACCUAGGCUCCUUCUGGCCUAUUAUAGUCAGCAUGAACUUGACAGAAAGUUAAUAGAACCAGUUUAAACCAGCUGUACUCAGCUUUUCAGAAGAAAUAACCCAAACAAGAACCUUCUCUCACACAGAGAAGAAACCUUCCAGAACCCUCUUGAACUAAGCAGAACAGGAAAGAUCUCUACACAUCAGAUGAAUACAUUCUGACAAUACAAACUGACAAUAAUGGCACAAGGUGUGCACAGGUAAAAAGACAGGUGCUUUGAAGUUGCCCCAAACAGCUGACCUUUGUGCUUUAGAAUGUUGUAUCACCUGACAUCAUUGUGGCAUCCGGUGGAUUCCUACUUGUCAAAUUUGGGCCCAGGGGUGGGAAUAGGGGAAAUAAGAAUCUGCUCUUUCAGCUCCCCAUCCCUGAUCUUUCUAGUAAUUACCAAAAAUUAAAAUCCUGAUGAUGAGGCUGGUGCUCCUCACCAUCAGCCUUUUUUGUAGGAGCCCUGAAACUUUGUCAAUGAAGCAAGGGAGUUCCCCACUGCUCCCCAACUUUCAUCGCUGCCUAUGUGCCACUCUGAGCAGGUCUCUAUGAACAAGACUCGACUCUUCCGAUCCCCAUCACUGCCAGAGAAACUGAACAGCCCCGUGCUGAAGAAGGCAGCAAAGAGCCAAGAUGAAGACGAAGCACCCAUCAAGGUGAAACAGAAGCACAGCCCAACCCAAGAGGAGCCAGAUGGGGUAAGAUCCUGCUUGGUUCAAGUAUGAGUUCCUGGGUCUAAGUAGUGACAGCAGAAUGGCAGUCCCAUGUGCUGUAUCAACAGGUAGCUAUCGGGGCAUAGCUGCUGUCAUGAGAGCAUACCUGAUGAUGCAGAUAAUAAGCCCAUCUAGUCCAGCAUUCUCCUCUUGCAGUGGUCCACCAGAUGCCAGGGAGGCGGGGUGUCACACGCAGGACCUGAGUGUUGCAACACCUUCCCCACUUGCUUUCCCCAGCAACCAGUUAUUUCUUUGUUGCUUGAGGCAGCAUAUAGCCAUCAUAACUUAGCAGCCCAUCAGACCGCUGUUUAGUUGUGGAUGUAUGCAGCAAAGUGUUUCUGAUUCAUAGUGCAUUUGAAAUGGAUUUGUACUGAGCCAUCCAAACAUCAUCCCGUUUUCUCAGUUGUUUUGCGAUGCUUCCCCAACAUACCUGCGUCACUGCAGCCACACUUCAACUCUGCCCAUUCCAUUGUUUGUGUUCCGGCUACCCGUAAUUCCCAGCUGUGCAAAUUAGUCAUGCCAUGACGCCAUGCCACUACACUUUCAUUUCAACUCCUUUUCAGUUUUUAUGUACGGGCUGCGAUUGCUGUGCUAAACGUUUUGCUCAUUUCCAUUAAAAGGAAAACACCCACAGGAAUGCCAAUUUUGGGCGUUAACAGGAGGGAUAGGAGAGUGGCUACGUCACAAAGGAGCAGAUGCAUUUUGGCACAUUGCCAGGGCACUUUUGUGUGAUAGUACAUUAACAGCAAGAGUGAAAGGAUGAACCGUAACAUUUGUAGUGUAAAAAGUUAUGGGGUUUUAGCUGGAAACUUGAGGAUGUGCACUGAUUGCAGCCAAGGCAGUAUCAGCAGAACUUUUGCGUGCGCAAAUGGUAUUGAAAGUUUGAUUGCAUACAAUUGUCCUGAUAGCAUCAUGAGCACAAACCAUGAUGCAUGCACAGUACAGUGGUACCUCGGGUUACAUACGCUUCAGGCUACAUAUGCUUCAGGUUACAUACGCUUCAGGUUACAUAUGCUUCAGUUACAGACUCCGCUAACCCAGAAAUAGUGCUUCAGGUUAAGAACAGAAAUUGGGCUCCGGCGGCGCAGCAGCAGCAGGAGGCCCCAUUAGCUAAAGUGGUGCUUCAGGUUAAGAACUGUUUCAGGUUAAGUACAGACCUCCGGAACGAAUUAAGUACUUAACCCGAGGUACCACUGUAGAAAGGAUGCCUAGACAGAGCCCUAGAAGCCAUUGAUAGCCAUGAAUUUCUCCACAACCCUUUUAAAGUCAUCCAAAUUGGAGGCCAUCACUCUAUCUUGUGGUAGCAUAUAAUUUCUACUAUCACACUUGUGUGAACAGAGAGAAACUAGCAAGUAGGUAGCUGGGCAGGGAUUCAUUUGCUUACAUGUUGCUGAUGACUGCCUGCUUUGUUUAUAUAGGUAAUGCAUUUGAAGAAGGCAGCCUCCCUUUCUGACAUGGAGAUUGUCAGAGCACUGGAUCAAGACCACAGCUUCAGGCAGCUAAUUGGAGAUUUCUCCUGUGUAGGUUUCUUCAACCUUUGUGGGGCAGGGAGGCUGGCUUUUGUCUUUCACUCUCCAAUGAUGCUGAAGUUCUUACCUUGAUUGUUGACCGAUGCUGGGAGAUGCAAGCUUUCUACAUAUUUAAACUGCCUGUUGAUAGUUUAUCCUCUUUUUGGGGCAAAGCAGGGCAGGCACAGAGUUACAAGUGGACUUGGGGUGUAUAUUGAUAUACCACACAAACACACACACACACACGCCUGAUUUUGUGACCCAGCUAUAAGACCACUUGCAUGUUUUGGGUGGGGUUCCAACUAAUAAUACAUUUCUAUAAGCAGCUCCCUACAUGAGUCAAGAAGAUCUUAACCAGAUUGGUACACAUAUGUGUGAGAAUUGUAUUGGGGUAGUUCAAGGGUGGGGAACUUUUGCGGCCCUGGUGGCCCCACCCUGUGCACCAACUUUGAUAGAUGGGGUGGGCGAAUCUACCUGUAAGUCACAUGGCAUAACUGAUGCCACAUGACUGACAUAUGGGUUGCCCUGCCCAUGUAUCAAAAUGCCUUUCAGUUCCUACAAUCCCAUCAAAACUUCAGCAGCUGUCUUUAAAAGGGUGGGAGAAACAGUUCUUCAUGUUAAACUAUUAAUGAGAAUUAAUGAGAAUUGAAUGUUAUAGUACAAUAUGGCCUAGAUGCCACUGUGCUGUUCAUUCCCUCAAGUCUUGUUUUACCAAUUGUUGUAGCACAGAAUCAGAUAAGAUUUUUUUCACAAUCUGGAGACUCUAAGGACGUGGUUCCCAACGUGGGGCAAUUUGAUUUUUAAGGGGGGGCAAUUCGACAAUGAGUUAUUAACAGUUAAUGGCCUUUUAAGCUUCCUCCACAUGAAUAGGAGUUCUCUUUUUGAAUAAUAAGAAUUAUAUGUCACGGGGGGCACUUUUUAUUCUUAUUGCAGGGAAGCUUUAGAAUAUGGGGACUGUCUGCUGAAAGUUCUGAAUGGGUUAUCCCAUUUGUCUCUUGCUGCAUCAUCCUGAUUCAUUUUACAAACAGGAGUGCAACAUCACUCCUCAGAAAAGGUGUUUGCAUAUUACCCAAAAAGCCUAUUUGCAACCCCUCAGUGUUGCCAGAAUAGCUGUCCUUCGUUACAUCUUUAACUAGUUGCUGGAACGUUACUUGCACCUAAGCUGAAUAUAGCUCUGGUGUUUAAGAGUUAAACAGCAGUACUGUACAUUUCUCCAUGCAAAAGUGGAAUAAAAUGCAAUUAAUCAUACUAUCAAGAAACCAACUGGAAAAUGAAAAGAACAAAAAUAAUCUCCAUUCACAAUCUGCUGUGUUUUGCUUUUUACAAGGUUGUAUAGGGCUACACUCCAGGCAUCUUCCCUAUGUUGUUAUCCCUUUGUGGCAUCACCCAUGUUAAUCUGCCCCUGACAAUUCCAAUAAAAUGUAUACUUCCCCCCAAUUUGUGUAAUUCUGCCAACAGGGUAUGAGUUUUCAGGCUAUAAAGGAUUUUUCUUGUAGAACUCUCAACACUGCCUUGUAAUCUUGCAGAAAAUGCAGCCUAGCAAAUAAAGAUCAAUCAGGUGGUUACGUUGCUUUUCAGAGCAUAAGGAGUGCUUUUGAACCAGGAAUCAGAUGAUACAUUCAGUGCUUGCAGCCCAAAUGUCUGCAUGUUUUCUAAGAAGUAGGUCUGAUUAUGGAGUUCACUGGGGCUUGGUUCCAAUUAAGUGCACUUAGGAUCACAGCUUUGGUUUUAGAAUUUAUCUUGCUGAGGCUUAGGAGAUCUGGAGGGUUUGGGAGCUAUUGCAAAGCCUGAAGUGGAAUGUGGCUGCAUUGUCUCUAGGUGUAUUCACUGCCAACAGUAGCAGGAAGGCAUCAGGACCUGAAAUACAUCACUUCAGAGACCGUGAGCAAUCACCUCUUCUGUUAUCUGUGUGCGUCUGUGUCUUUGGCCCAUUGGUUUCCUCCACAUCAGCUGAAUUUUGGCUCCUUGACCCACACUUGGUUCUAUAAAAAUCCCAGAAAGUACUUGGGGGGUGGUGAUAUAGCUGUCCUUCCCACCCCAAUACAGAUUUGUGUUUUGUGCACUAACUGAAGGACCCCAGCUAUACCUCAGUCUACCUUAGUGUUACCUGCUCAAGCUAUCCUUCACCUUAGGUAACCAUGUAAUGACGGGGAAGAAAUAGUAGAGCUUGUGGUUUUGUUUACUUCAUUUUUAGCCCAUCUUCCCUCCCAGGAUCUCAAGGUGGUGGUAGAGAUGAUUCUUCCCCCAUUUCUAACUGCAUUUUAUCCUGACAACCACCCUGUGAUGUAGGUAAGGCUUGAGAGAUAGCGACGAGUUGAACUUGGGUUUUCUUCUGCUAUUCUUUUAGAUGGCUGCUCUGCUCCAAGGCCAAUUCCAAAGCCUUAUAGAGAAGUUCUGCAUUAUUGACUGUCGCUACCCCUAUGAAUAUGAUGGGGGACAUAUCAAGGUGAGAGAAUCAUGCGCUUAAUUAAGGGCGGUGAUUGGUUUCGUGGGCUGCAUGAUGGGAUGGCCUUAGCUCAGUGGCAAGGCAUAUGCAAAACGUCACGGUUAAAUCCCCCACACCUCCAGGUGGGGCUUCUGCAUAUCAAUGCUAGACAACCACGGCCAGCUGAUGUUGAUGCCUUAUACCUCAUUCUGAGAAUUUGUUUUCUAUUUCUAACUAUAGGGGGCUCUGAAUAUCCCCAGGGAAGAUGAUCUAUUUGAAUCCUUCCUGAGGAAGCCUCUACUCUCAUCAAUGCCUCAGAAGCGCCUCAUCCUUGUUUUCCACUGUGAAUAUUCCUCAGAGAGGGGCCCAAAGAUGUGAGUGUGGGUCUCAGUGAGGCAGCUCUUGGGAGCAGGAUAAACAGGUGGGGUUUUGGAGGUCCUUUGCUUGAUAGGGUGGCUUUUGUCUUGCCUUUCUGCUUACUCUUCCUGCCUUGCUGUUACUUGAAGGUGUCGCUAUCUGAGGGAAGAAGACAGAGCCAUGAAUGAAUAUCCUGCGCUGCACUAUCCUGAACUGUAUGUCCUUCAGGGUGGCUAUAAGGACUUCUUCGUAGAAUACAAGGUAACAGCCAAGACUUUGACUUCAUAAACCUACCAUGCAGGAUCAUCUCAUUCCAAGAUUUGGGUUCUCCUAGCAAAUGGAAAAAAUGAUGUCUUGUCAGCCUUCUUGUGCAUGUUUUGAGGGACAAGAAAACAAUAACUAAAAACAAAUCCUAAAAAGAUCAGUAAAAAGUGUCUCUAUACUGCAGCACAUUGAAUUCCAACAGCUGAAAUAGAAAGAAGCAAUCAAGAAUCAGUUAUUGUUCAUUUAAAAAGCUCAGGCAAAUGAAAUACUUGUAACAAGGCACCUAAAAUUAGGUAACAUAUGCACCAGACUAACAACCUGGCGAGGGUGUUGCGCAGUUGCGGUGCCACCUCAGUGAAGGUCCUGUCUCCACUCUUCUACCUCUGAAAGAGGAACACCAGAGGAAGAGCACCUUAAUAAGCUUAACAAAUAUGGGCACAGUCAGUCCUUUGGAUUCCUUGAUCCAAACAUAGAUCUCUAUAGGUAUAAACCAGCACUUUGAAUUACAACUGAAAGCACAUGGUAAGCCAGUGAAAAAGUGUGUAAAACUGGUGAGUAAUGUUCCAGUUGACUAGAACCCCAUUGACAAUGUAGCUGCAUUAUUUUGGACCAGUUGAAGUUCAUUGUUUGUUUGUUCAAUUUGUAUACUGCUCUUCAUCUGAAGAUCCCAGGGCGGUUCACAACAGGAAAAUACAAAAUGAGAAUACAAAGUAGUCUUCAAUGAAUUUGUCAUAGCCUUGUUUGGAACUCAAAAAUUAUAGUUCCCAUGUUUGUGUUGUGGGCAGACUGUCAGGGCUUUCUCUUACUAGAUGCUGGUCAGCAGGUUGGUAAAAAAAAUCUCCCUAUUAUGAUUAUGCCUGGUCUCAUCACAGAGGAUGUAGGUGGGUAAACUGUUGUUGUUGAGUGAUGUGCAGGAAUCCUGGAAUUCUGUGCUUAAAGCAGCUUAGGGAAAUCUAUAUUGCACACAUUUAAAUCAUGGGGCAGGAAUGCACUAGAUCUGAAGGAAUGUUAAACUAGAACCCGGUCGACUCAACCUAAGCUCCUUGAAGGAGGCCUGAGACAUAGGUGUAAUAUGUUUCUUGUGUAGAACUUGAAAUCCUUUGAUGUGACAUAAGAAAUUAGAUGGGGAAAGGAUGAGCUUCCUCUAGGGGACAAUGUUGAGCAGCUAAUUGUACCCAGAAGCAGGAGAAUAUGGAAGGGAAAGAAAACCAUAUAAGAAUCUGCUUGAGUCCCAUCCAUACCGUUUCUUGGUUUCUCAUCCUUUAACUGAAAAAGUCCAUAAGACUUCAGUUUUCCUCCUCCCAUGUGCCAAAGAGCUGGAAACGCGCUGUUUGGGGUUUCUUAAGUUGUAGCUUGAUAUGUUUGUGAUGAAUUCACUGGGUCUUUGGCUUUAAAAGAAAAGCUCCAGACCUUGCAUUCUGCUGCAUCUCCCUUCCCCUUAGGAGCUGUGUGAGCCCCAGAGCUACUGCCCCAUGCGCCACCAGGACUUCAAGGCAGAGAUGCUCAAGUUCCGCACCAGAAGCAAGACAUGGGCAGGAGAGCGGAGGUGGAGGGGUCAAGUUGCGCGUCUCAUGAAGCCGUGAGGACAAAGGCAGUCUUGGAGAAGGGAUUCUGCUCUAAGAGGCCUCUUACCUGGCAAAGGGAUAACCUGAGGUCUCUAUAAUUGACUGCGCCACACGGAGGCUCAGAAAGUGAGGAAGCCAGCACUUAGGAGUGCAUGUCAGUUGCUGCAAUAAGGAGAGCUCAGAAAUGUUAGGGAAGCGUCAUUUGUGUUUCCACAAGUUUUCAUUUGGGAAGGAGCUCAGUGUGAACUGGCACUUAAGCGUCUGGUUUUAAUGGAAGAAUAAACUGUACUGGAACAUAAUACCUGUUACUCCUUUGCAUAUGCAUUUCUUCCUGUGCAGUGUAGUGGCCAAUAUAUUACAAUUUUGGG